AAAACGCAGGCAUAAAGGAAGGACACAGCAGUUUCUUUCUUUUCAUUAAAUAUUACCAAUUGAGGCAAACAAUGAAUAGUCAGGAUGAAGAGAGAUCAUUUUCAGAGUCACAGACUCACGGAGCAUUCCACAAUUAUUUGACUGAGUCUGUUCAGCCUUUGAUUGAGUUGAUUGACUCUCUGAGGUUGAUUGGCAUUGAAAAGGAUAUGGAUCUACCAUCAAUUGCAGUGGUAGGAGAUCAGAGUUCUGGAAAGAGCUCUGUUUUGGAGGCACUCUCUGGGGUGGCUUUACCUCGAGGAAGUGGUAUCGUCACUCGCUGUCCCCUUGAGCUGAAAUUGCGGAGGGUCAAAAAGGGACCAUGGUCCGGGACUAUUUCUUACUGUGGUCACAAAGAGACCUUUUAUGACCCAUUAAUGGUGGAUAACCUAGUUAGAAAAGCUCAAAAUGAUCUUGCUGGAAAUAAGGUUGGAAUCAGUGAUGAACUUGUUUCUUUGGAAAUUUCAUCUCCUGAUGUUUGUGACCUCACUCUGAUCGAUCUACCUGGUAUAACCCGUGUACCUGUGCAAGAUCAGCCUGAAGAUAUUGGAGAACAGAUCAAAAUCUUGAUACAGAAAUACAUUUCCAAAAGUGAAACCAUCAUUUUAGUUGUGGUGCCCUGCAAUGUUGACAUAGCAACAACAGAAGCACUAAGAAUGGCACAACAUGCAGACCCUGAGGGAUACAGAACACUUGCAAUUCUCACAAAACCAGAUCUCAUUGACAAAGGAGCUGAGAUUGAUGUUUUGAACAUUGUCCAGGGCAGAGUUGUUCCUCUCAGUAAGGGUUACAUUAUUGUGCGAUGUCGUGGUCAGAGUGACAUUAAUAACAAAAUUCCUCUUGAUGAAGCCAUAGACAUAGAAAUGGAAUUCUUUAGAAACCACCGAUAUUUCAGCUCUCUUCUGGAUGAUAAUAAAGCAUCUAUUCAGUGCCUGACAAAUAAAUUGACCACAGAACUGGUUGAUCAUAUCAAGAAAUCACUACCACACUUAACUGAGCAGAUAAAUGCUAGAAUACUUGGUGUGCGAGAAGAACUUAAAAAGUACGCUCAGGGUCCACCUCUGGAAGAAGAAAAGAUGGGACCUUUUUUCAGUGAGAUAAUAAUAAGGUUCAACGAUCAAAUCGAUGAACUGAGUAGAACAGGACAUUCAAAAGACAGAAAUAUUUAUGCACUUCUACAUCCUGUGUUCAAUAAAUGGGACAUCCACUUGAAAGAAACUGAAAAAUUAUUCAAUACAAAAAUUACAGAAAUUAUCGAAAAGUAUAAUGAGAUGCAUCGUGGGAGAGAAUUGCUGACAUUUAGUGAGUACAUAAACUUUGAACAUGUCAUCAAAGACCAUGUGGCAGCCCUUCAAAAGCCAGCUAUGGAAACAAUGAAAGAUGUACGAGAGAUUGUUAAAAAUAAAUUCAGGGAAGUAUGCAAUUUAUGUUUUGUUCAGUACCCGUUACUGCAGCACAAUGUCUCUAAAAAGAUUGAUGAGAUUCAGUCAAAACAAGAGGCUAAAGUGGAGAAAAGAAUCGAGGAGUUUAUUGCUAUGGAGCAUCUGGUUUUCACCCAGGACAAGGUAUUGCAAAAGAAACUUGAUGAAUCUGAGAUCCAUCAGAAGACUGGGCUAGAACGUUAUGAGAACCUCCAUGAAGAAGACAUGGUUUUAAAUUCCAAAGGCUGUGGGUUGUUGGACACGAGGAAUCUAGUACCAGAAAAACUGGCUCUUUAUUAUGAGAUCAUCUAUCAACGCCUGACAGACUAUGUGCCCAUGCUGCUAAUCCUCUUCAUGCUGAAGAAUGCAGCUAAGACAUUGCAACAUCAAAUGCUGGAAAUGAGGAACAGAGCAGAUGUGGCCAAGCUGCUGAAAGAAGACUCAGAGCAAGGGCGCAGGAGAGCUGAUCUAAAUAAGCGUCUGGAACGUCUUACGGAAGCUCAAGAACUAAUAAACAACAGAUGCUGACAAAUCUUUAUAAAGUUGUGGAUAUGCCUAAAUUAAGCAUAUC